AUUUUUUUUAAUUCAAUUUCAAUUCAAUUUUUUCAAUUUUAAUUUUUUUAUUCAAUUUUUUAUUAUUGUAUUAUUUUUUUCAUUGAUUUUUGGCGUUGGUUGUCUCGUAAACGUUUACUUUAAUUGUAAAAUAAUCCAUUUUUCAGAGCACCAAGCGAAAAAAAAUAUUUUUUUUUUACACACCCUAGUACACACCUUUACAAACAUUUAUGUACGAUUUAAAUAUGCUGCAAGCAGGAAAAGCUGGACUUACUUCUAAAAUGAAAGCAACAAAUUUUAUUUUAAAGUAUAACGGCAUAAGAAACACACAUACAUACAUAUACAAUAUAUAGUAUAUUGCAAAACUCAUUCAACUAUCUGCAUUACAACAGCAACUACCAUCCUUAUGAUAAUUUUAAGAAUUAAAUGGCAGAGUUACACUAUAUAUAUUUACAUAUAUGUAUAGUUAUAUAAAUAUAUGAAUUUAAGUAACUCAUGUUUCGUAUGAUAAGACGUUACACAAUUUUAAAACAAAUAAAAACUUAAAUAUAUAAUAGAAAAUGAUUUAAAAAAUCUUUAAAAAAAUAUAAUUAUACCACAUACGAGUAUACAAUAUGACGUAAUGUUUAGGGAAAACGUUAUUUGCUUGAAAUUUCUGACAAACCUAAUUACUUAAGUUAGUGAAAAGUAAAAUAUAUACACCUAUACAUAUGUACAAAAUGUAUGUAUAUACGAAUAUGCGAACUUUUAACUAAAUGAAAAUAUUAACUUUGCGCUGAAAGCAAAACUUUUUGUGUCAUUUUGACAUCACCGAAAUUACUAGCAACGUUAAAAAUUCCCCCCAAAAAAUAUAUAUAACAAAAAUUAUAGAUAAUAUUUGUUGUACUAGUUGAAGUUAGUGAACAUUUGACUUAUAUACUAAACGGCAAACGCAUUGCGCUUUCGAAAAACAAAAAAAAAAGAAAAAUAAAGUAAAUGCAUUGUGAAUUCUUUCUCAAUUUCUCAGCAUUUUUUCGAAUAGCUUAGACGAGGCCGCAAUUAGUGUUGAAUUUAGUUCUUAUACUUCUAAGGUAAAUGGUGUAAUUAUAGGCGCACUUAGUGGUAGAUACAGACUUCGCAAAAUCUCAACUUUAUGGUAGUAAAUUAGCUUUAAAAUGCAUAUAUGUACUUACAUGUAUGCAGAUGCUCUUAGCACAUUUAACUGAAAAACAAAAAAAAAUAAUAUUGAUAAGGUCUCAAAAAUUUUUAUUUCAAGUUGUAUAGAUGAAAAAGUGGUGUACUUGAAGCGUUAAGUUUUAGCGUAGAUCUUAGUUGAAACAGCCGAAACGAAAGUUAGUAGAAUGUUCUCCUAGGGGCACAUGUAUUUAUUAUACGACAGAAGCAAUGGGCAUUUUGUUUACAAAAGAUACUCAUUUAAUGUGUCAAUCACAGAUAUAAUAGUAACAAAGUGGCAAAAUGGCAACAUAAAUGCGCGCUCUGUGGCAGUAUUGCAAUAAGUCAGCUGUUCUUUAUUUAUCACCAUUCGGUUUUGCUAUAAAUAUUUGAACAAUUCAUUUUAAAAUAGCAAAUAAAACAAUGUUCCAUUUAAAUGUGCUUAAAUUUUCCAUUUUACGGCGAAAUAAACUAAACUUGAGAAAAAGAAUCAACAGCUGAUUGUGAUUUGCAACAAAUUGCCAUGCAUGCCACUGAAAAUAUGACAUUAAAUGAGUAGCACUAUUGUUUUAACGCCUAAAAUAAAAAAAAAAAACUUAAACACUUAAUGCGUUAUUUUUUUUUUUUUAAUUUAAGUAAAUAAAUAUUUUGCAAUGGAAAUAUGCAAUAUUUUGGAAUUCAACAAAAAAAAAUAGUGAAUAAUAACGAAAAUCAGAAAAAUAUUGCAAAUAGUAGCGAAUAAAUUGAAAAAUAAUACCAAAAAUCAGAAAAAUAUUGCGAGUGAAAAACAGUUAGAGUGCAACAAAAAAGUGAAAAUUAAUUAACUCAUAGCUAUUCAAGAAAAUUACUCAACAAAAUGAACUUGUUACCUUAACGAUGUAAGCAAUCAAACAGUAACAUAAUCGAUAUCACUAACUAAUAAAACAAAAAUAUUCAAUGUUAAUAACAAGAAACUGCAUGCGAAUGAAACAAAUUUCACAAUAAACAUAUUUAGCCAAAUUACCAGUUCAUAAUAGGAAUGCACCUCACAAAACUUAAUAAAAGCUAAGUUCUCAAGCCAGGAAUAAAAAAAAUAUAUAUAAUAUAUAAUUCCAUAUUACUUGUUUGCGCUUAAAAACUGUUAUGAUAGUUACGUCAUAAUUAACACUGAAUUUCAUGUACAUAAUUUUUUUUAUUUUUUUCAAGUUAAAAUUAAUUAAAAUCAUAAUAAUUAAUGUUACAGAAUAUGUAAAUUAUAUACAAUACAUACGAGUAUUAUAAUAUGUAUAGUUGACAUGCAUACCUUUGGCACAUGAUCACACCCGUUAGUGUAUUGAUUAGCUUUAGAACAUACAUAUACAUAUAUAUAUUUUCUCGAAACGAAAGUUAUUCAAUUAGGUCCGCGUAAAUCGGUGAUAUUGUUAAGUAUGUAAUUUUAUUUUUAUUUUCCACUGAACUACGUAAAUAAAUAAAACAAAGAAUAAAAAACAAAAAUAUGACUUAAAUGAUGCAUUGUUGCUUAUUGUUUUAACAGCAUUUCACUGAUAAGCUAAUUGGUAAGUAUAAUUAUGAGUUUUUAUGGCUUAAGUUGUGGGCAGUUGAGCUUCACGCCACUUUUUGUUGGUUGCUCUUUUAAUUAUCAGAUUUAAGAUUAAUAAACGUGUGUUCUUCGUUACUUCCGCUGUGCUAUAACUAUUAUAAGCGUUCACUUUAACUUUUAAGCGCAGUCAGGAUUAAGAACUCAGUGCAUUCAAAAGCAAUAUGUCGUUGAGAACGGUCAAAGCAGUGCCAUUUUUGCUGCAACAGCAAAGCAGGUAUUUCUUGCAAAAUACUUUUGGUAAUUUUCAACACGCACAAAUGUCUUCAAAUACAACUUACACUUCAACACCGAAUACAAGCACAGCAAAGAAAAACAAAGAAUUGCAACAAUUUAACGACAGCACACAAAAAGAAAUUGAUCAUCACGCGCGGUUAUCAGCGACUUGGUGGGAUUUAAAUGGGCCAUUACAUGGUUUACACAAGCUGAACGAUUUAAGAGUUCCUUUCGUGAGCCAUGGUUUGAGGGCGCAAAGUACCGUCGACAAGAAUUUCAGAAAUACCAUCGACAUGAACUUGAUAAGUACAGCCCCAUUACUAAAAGGUAAAAAUAUUUUGGAAGUAGGUUGUGGUGGCGGCAUAUUAACGGAAGCGUUAGCACGUCUAAAUGCUAAUGUAACUGGCGUUGACUUGGGCGCAGACGUAAUCAUGACGGCCGAAAAACAUUUAAAGAAAUAUAGUCCCGAACUAGUUGAGCGUAUAACUUAUAAAACCGAGUCAAUAGCGCAACAUGCAGAUGAAUAUGCAAAUCAUUAUGAUGCAGUUGUAUGCUCAGAGGUGUUGGAACAUAUUGACGAGAAAGAAGCGUUCUUAAAAGAUUGCGUUAGGGCUAUAAAGCCAGGCGGUUCCAUAUUUAUUACGACCUUGAAUAAGACCGUUCUACAGUGGUUCAUAGGAAUUAUUCUCGGAGAAUAUGUAUUUGGUGUUGCACCGAAAAACACACAUCACUGGAGUAAACUGAUAGCACCACAAGAUGUGCAACGCAUUCUGGCUGCAUUGAAUUGUGAGACGGUAUCGCUGAAUGGCCUCACUUACAAUGUUUUUUAUAGGCGUUGGCGGUGGAUUAAUACUACAAAACUGUGCUAUGCUCUUCAUGCUGUUAAAGCUGCAUAAAAACUUUCGAAUCAAUUGAUGUAAUAUUUUUACAAACCCAAAAAAACUAUUCAUAUUCAUUCUCUAAUACGCAAUAUUUGAAAGCCAUAUGCACAUAAGGAACAAAUAUAACAUAAUAAUAAAAUAAAUCACCAAUUUUGAACGUUUUUUCACUUUGGCCAUACUAUUUAUUAAAAAUAUGUAGAAAGUUCUAUUUUUCGUAGUUUUCUUAGAUUUGAAUUGUCAGUUGAGCGUGACGUUCUACCUCAACCGGAUAUGCACGAAUAACAAAACAAACACAGGCAACACAAUAGAUUUAAAAAAAUUUCAGGCAGCAUAUUU